AUGUACUGGUUGGAUCGAGGCUACGAGCCAGCGGCACUUUUCAGUGCUUCUAUGGCUGGGGAAAAUGUUACACGUUUGCAUUUCGCUGAUGAUGAAAAUUGCACUCAGGAUGCUCACUCCUUGACCUUGGAUCCGGAACUCGGUAUACUCUUCUGGACACAACCACAUCGUUCUACCGUGCGUGCUGUCGCUCUUCGGUACAGCUUGAAAACGGUAAAUUUUUAA